UUAUUAAAUUCAAAUUUAAGGACAAAAUAUAAUGGCACGGUGUAUUAAUAAUGUUUGAGUCGUACAUAAAUAGCCCUUCAAUUCUUUUCUUUUAAAAGAUCAUUAUUAGGCAUAAACUAUAAAGGACAAUCAUGUUUUAAAAAAAGCACACAUGACCAAAACGUUGACGAAGCCAUAUGCACAAUCCCUAGACGAAACCACAACCCCACCUUUUCUUCCAAUAAUUAACAAUCUCUCACAAAAAAAGAAACCAUCAGCAAGAACCCUCAAAUGGGCGGCGGAGACAAACAGACACACCACAGCGAACCACCGCCGAUACCAAAAGGGUGUGUGGCGGUGGUUGUCGGCGGAGCGGCGGAGGAGCAACAGAGGUUUAUGAUCCCAGUGACGUACUUGAACCACCCUUUGUUCUCGCUGCUUCUAAAAGAAGCCGAAGAAGAGUACGGUUUCGAUCACGACGGUCCGAUCAACAUCCCCUGCCGUGUGGAGGACUUCCGCCGUAUCCGCCGUCUGAUCGACGAAGAAGACUCCCGCCACUCUCAUUUAACUUCUUGCUUCAAGACCAAGGCUUGAAUUCUUCUUUCUUACUAAUUUUUUUAGAUACCCUUUAUAUACUACGGAGUAGUAAUUAUUUCUACGCCAUCCUUUACUAAAAGUUGUGCAUGGAUGAUGGCUCAGUAUUUGAUAAUAUAAUUGAAGGUGAUUUCAUCUAAUCACAUGUGUGUACAGUUGCUUAUUAGAAAUUUAUUUGUUCAUACAUGGAAGAAUUGCCAUGGUCCAUGGCGAUGAUGACGAUGAAAAUGAAUGACAGAAUUAGAUUUAGCUAUAUUAAUUUAUUGCUAUA